CAAUAACGUACGUUUUCUUUCGUAUCGCAGUAGUGUCAAAUUGACAACGAAAACGUACUUAUUGUACUACUUGCUGUGAUUUUCACCACAUUCAAUUUUCUUGAUUAAAUUCAACUAUAAAUAUGGCUGACAGCGCCGUGUCGACCAUUGCCAAGCCUCAGAUGCGAGGACUCCUCCACAAUGUCAUCAAACGUAACUUGAUUGUUGCAAUUGCAUUAUCCGCAGCUUGUGGAUUCUCAUACAAGUUGUUCGUCGGCAAUGUCCGCAAGAGGAAUUACGCUGAAUUCUACAGGACCUACGAUGCUGAAAAGGAAUUUGAAGAAAUGCGUAAAAAGGGACUUUUCCAAUCCUGCUAAAUUAGUCUGUGGUUAUGUAGUUGUAUUAAUUUGCUGUGUAUAAUGUAAUUUAAAAAUAAAAAAAAUCAAGAAAGA